ACGUAUUCAAAUUCGCACGCAUUUGCCGCCAACUAAAUCGACCAAUAACGCUGGCCAACGGGAGGCCACACGCCCGCGCCAUCCAGCGGAUGACGCCAGUAACGAAAGUUUGGUGCAUCGAUGGCGGCACGUUCCCCGGCGCGCUUCAUAAUUAAUACAAUAACUGUGAAAGUAUAGAUUUCCCAGGACCCAUAAUCCUUACAUUGUGUGUACUAACUGUGUGUGGUGUCCUGACAAACGUGACGGAGUGCAGCAGUAUAACCAAGGCGGGUUCCUGACGUCGUGUGGCAGUGGCAGAUUUAGAUGAAAGCGUGCAAUUAGCGAAUAUACUGCCGACAGAUAUUUAUAGAAAAGUAUGCGAAACUUUAGAUAUACCGAUUGCGAGUUCGUGCCAUGAAGCUGAUGAAAGUAUUAAAGUGCCUCUAACGCGCCGUAUGACUAAAGAACCGAUGCUCUCUUAUCGAAAGUGUAUAUUAAUAAAUAGAGACAUGGAUUCCGAUACGGAUGUUGAAAUAUGUUCAAGUGACGAAGAAGGGGUCAAAUUAAAUAUUCAUCAAGAAUUGCUAAGCAAACCAGAACGAGAACAAAUAACUUGGGCUACACACUAUCUACAGCCUGAAAGGGAAGAUGAGAAAACACUUGUUAAAAAGGCUGAUGAUUUGACAGAUCGAAUUGCAAAAGACUUUUGUGAUUACAUGAAGGAGUUGGGAGGAGACCAGCAAUCACAAUUAUUUACACCAGAAGCUAUAAAGGAAUUAUUUCGGAUUGAAUUUGAUAAUCAUGCCGCUCGUGGCCUUCGAGUAAUAUCCAAAGAAUUGCCUUCGAUUCAAGAAAAAGUAGCAAUCAACACAGGAAAUCCAGAGAAAUCAUGCUACAGAGCACUUGAGCGCGAAAUAUCGAAAGACAUCAAGGCGGAACACCUCCCAAAACGCACUACAGCGUUUGGCCAAAGUCUCUUACUGAGGGAACAAUUUUACCCACCGCGAAACAACACGAAAUGUAUGUGGAGAUCGGCUCGCCACGUGCCCAAAGAAUUAGUCACACUCAAAACCGUGUGGGAAGGCAUUACCAACUUAAGGAGUGUAAAAGAGUUUUGCCGUUGGAUGAUCGAGCACCCGGAGUACCGAAGACCGUCGUACUUAAACUGUCUUGGAAUGUUCGACCCUGCGAUGUUGGAUGCGAGAAUCACUCUAGAGACGAAGUACCGCAUCUCCUCGACAGCCCCUGUAGAACCACCACUACCUGUGGACCAUAUUCGAAGAAGAUUGUCGGAACUAGCCGAUUCUUGAAAUACAUUUUGUUCUUUUCCAAUUUUUGUUAUAAAACGAAGGACUUGCUGGAGCCUGGUUGAAAUGUCCGCGACCUCACUCCGUUUUUCUUUACAUUUUUAAGCUGUUUUACUUUGAAAGAUAGAAAAUGAUUAUAUGAUUAUUGUAUAUAUGUUUUUAACUACAUUUAUUUGUAAGUUUAUAUUUUUAGGUACCUUAUGAGCGGG